GAAAUGUUCAUUCAACUACACCAGCAUCGGCAGUAAUGGCAAGAACCAAGCAAACCGCUCGUAAAUCCACCGGUGGCAAAGCCCCAAGGAAGCAGCUCGCUACUAAGGCUGCACGCAAGAGUGCACCAGCCACCGGUGGCGUUAAGAAGCCUCAUCGUUACAGGCCUGGCACCGUGGCUCUGAGGGAAAUCCGUCGUUAUCAGAAGUCCACCGAGUUGCUGAUCCGUAAACUGCCUUUUCAGCGUCUGGUCAGAGAAAUCGCUCAGGACUUCAAGACCGACCUGCGCUUCCAGAGCUCUGCCGUCAUGGCUCUUCAGGAGGCUAGCGAGGCCUACCUAGUCGGUCUGUUUGAGGACACCAACCUGUGCGCCAUCCACGCUAAGAGAGUCACCAUCAUGCCCAAGGACAUCCAGCUGGCCCGUCGCAUUCGCGGAGAGCGCGCUUAAAUUAACAUCAACACAAAGUACA